GUCUGAAAAUAGCAGGUUUACCAAAGAGUAAAUAUGUUGUCGUUCACCUAGCCAUCGAUGAUUCCAUGAGCUUUUGCAAAAAUUAUGGAUUCCAUAAUUUCAAACCACAAGUCAGUCAUCCACCGGGAAUUUCUAAUGAUUGAAAAAUAGAUUUUUAGGUUUUAAUUCAGAAGAACCAGAUAUGUCAAGAGAAAUGUAUUUGACCUAAACAGGAGAAAUCUUGAGUCCUUGAAUUUGGAUUGAAGAAAAUGAUGUUUUGGGGUCAAAAUCAAAGAGAGAAUAUUGAACCUAGUAAUGAUGAUCUUCAUUGUGGUCAGAUUCGUGUCCUUGUUGUUGGAGAUUCAGGUGUGGGGAAAACAUCACUUGUGCGCCUAAUUGUUAAAGGUUCUCGUAUAAGACGCAGUUCGCCAACUGUUGGUUGUACAGUUAGUGUAAAGCAUACCUCUUAUGGAGGUUCUGGUAGCUCUUCUAAUAACAGCAGAGGUGAUACAGAGAGAGGCUUCUUUGUUGAACUUUGGGAUGUAUCAGGACAUGAACGUUACAAGGAUUGCCGUUCUCUUUUUUAUUCACAAAUCAAUGGCGUAAUCUUUGUGCAUGAUCUUGCUCAGAGAAGUACUAAGUCAAACUUACAAAAGUGGGCAUCAGAUGUUGCUGCAACAGGAACAUUUUCAGCUCCUCUUAGCUCAGGUGGACCCUUGGGACUACUUGUUCCAUACAUUGUCAUUGGUAACAAAGCAGACAUUACAGAAAAGGUAGGUGAACGGCUUAGUAACGGAAAUCUUGUUGAUGCUGCUCGCCAGUGGGUUCAAAAGAAAGGUUUGAUUCAACCUAGUGAGGAACUUCCAUUGGUCGAGAGUUUUCCAGGUAGUGGAGGACUCAUUGCUGCUGCCAAAGAAGCAAGAUAUGACAAGGAAGCCGUGCUAAAGUUUUUCAACAUGUUGAUCAAAAGAAGAUAUUUCGCGGAUGAGUUACAUUCACCAAGUCCCUGGUCUAGUACACCAUUUCAGAGACCUCCCCAGUGUUUGGAUGAAGAUAUAAGCAACAGUGAUCAGUAUAAUACCACUCCAAGUUUGUACAAUGAUCCAUACGCUUCCAACCUUGUUCCCCGAAUUCCUUCACAAAGAAAUCUCACACCUUCAACCACACUUUAUCCUGAACAAACCCCGGUUUCUGCAUCUGAGAUCACCUCCAAGAAUCUCCCAAGAUUUUGCUCAACUGGAUCUCUGGCAGCCAAUAACACCAGAUUGAAGUUUUAAGUUGCCAUUUUCCACCAUCUCUAUUCUUUUGUACCCAGUAUUUUGUAUACUACUGGUAGUAAAUAAUAAUCUCCACAAAGGAAUGGCUCCAGCAGUGUGGUUGCUCUGAAUGAAGUGUGAAAUGAUAGCUAUUGAUCCUCUGUUCAAACAGGGUAGAUUUUGCAAUGAACACUGUUUCCCAAAUAUCUAUACACAUAGAAGGUUAAGUUUUGAAAUAGAAGGGUAAGUUUUGAAA